AUGGAUAGCCAGUCCGCGGUGACGAUGGAGGCCGGCGCGCCCACGAGGAAGGAGUCCGGGCGGCUUCCCUCGCGGCACGGCGGCCACGCGCACGGCCACAGCGGCCUCGCCCGGACGGCGCACGGCAUGUCCUCCUCGUCGCUGCGGAAGAAGUCGGACGCCACGUUGGUGCGCAAGGUCCCCGUGGCCUCGCUGCGCCCCGUGCUCGCCAACCUCCAGGAGGUCCUCCUCGGCACCAAGCUCGCCGUCCUCUUCGCCGCCGUGCCGCUGGCCGUCGCCGCGCAGUGCUUCCGCUUCGGCCAGGUAUGGGUGUUCGCGCUUAGUCUAAUCGGCCUCAUUCCGCUGGCUGAGCGAGUCAGCUUCCUGACAGAGCAGAUUGCGCUCUACACUGGCCCCACUAUUGGCGGGCUCCUGAACGCGACGUGCGGCAACGCAACGGAGCUCAUCAUCGCCGUGUUCGCGCUGGUGCAAGGGAAGAUCGAGGUGGUGAAAUGCUCGCUGCUCGGCUCCGUGCUCUCCAACCUGCUUCUCGUCCUUGGCACCUCGCUCUUCUGCGGCGGCAUCAAGAACCUCGGGGCCGACCAGCCCUAUGACCGGAAACAAGCGGACGUGAGCACGGGUCUGCUCACCCUGGGCGUGCUGUGCCAGUCUCUGCCGCUACUUCUGCGUUACGCCGUCAGCUCCGGGGAGCAUGCUGUCGCCACUGACACCACGGUGCUGGAGCUCUCUAGGGCCUGCAGCUUCAUCAUGCUCCUCGCCUACGUCGCGUACCUCUUCUUCCAGCUCAAGACGCAUCGCCAGCUCUUCGAGCCGCAGGAGAUUGAGGGCGGAGACGAGGAGGAGGAGGAGGCGGUCCUCGGCUUCGGGAGCGCGCUCUUCUGGCUCAUCCUCAUGACCGUCAUCAUCGCCGUGCUCUCUGAGUACGUCGUCGGCACCAUCGAGCCGACCUCGCAGUCGUGGGGUCUCUCGGUGAGCUUCAUCAGCAUCAUCCUGCUCCCCAUCGUUGGUAACGCGGCGGAGCAUGCUGGAGCCGUGAUCUUCGCCCUGAAGAACAAGCUGGACAUCACCCUCGGUGUUGCCUUGGGGUCGGCUACCCAGAUCUCCAUGUUCGUGGUGCCAUUGAGUGUCCUUGUCGCUUGGAUCAUGGGGAUUCAGAUGGAUCUCGACUUCAAGCUGCUAGAGACUGGCGCUCUCUUCAUCUCAGUGCUAGUGACGGCCUUCACCCUCCAGGAUGGAACGUCACAUUACCUCAAGGGAGUCCUCCUCCUCCUAUGCUACAUUGUUAUCGGCGCUUGCUUCUUUGUUACGAGACAAGAACGGCAACGGCAUGCUGCUGGAUGUCCCAACGGGUCCCAUGAUUGUCCAGGUCGCAAAGUACUGGGCUGCCUCAGGAAACUGACAUGCGUGCAAGACAGCGACCGAAGUGUUUGA